UUAUACUUUUUCACUUGUUUGUCAGUCGUGUGAAGAGAACGGCGAGUCUUCUAGAUGGACAAACCUUUUGCCGCGGCAUGGAAUGGACCUGGAGCAGCGAUGCUGUCCGGCAUCGCAUUUCAUCUAUCAAUUCGUAGCAUCGAGUUCGAGCUCAUCAUGUUCCACUUCUUAAGCGCCUGCACUGCUGCAUUCGCAGGCACGAUCUACACUGUUGGUCUCGUGAGGGCUUUGCUACUGGUGACGAGUUUCAACAUUGGAUUAUUUAGCAGCAUAGGAUUCUAUCGAUUAGUAUUCCACCGCUGUCGCAACUUCCCAGGUCCAUUGGCGGCAAAGCUUACUCGAUUCUACGCUACGAGGCUGGCGGCGAAAGACCUGCAGUACUACAAGGAGCUCGCCAAGCUUCAUGAACAAUACGGCGACUUCGUUCGCACUGGGCCACGAGAGAUCUGUAUCCUAGACAAGUCAGCCGUCUCCCUCAUCUAUGGACCAAAUUCGAAGACCUUGAAAUCGACCUGGUACGGACAGACCGGCAAUGACCCGAAGAAAUGCUCAAUUCAUAUGACACGUGAUUUCAACGGUCACCGGAUUCGUAAACGGGCAUGGGACAAGGGGUUCUCUGUGAAAGCUCUCGGAACUUAUGAGCCUCGCGUCAAGGACAAGGCCGAUCUUUUCAUGAAGCAGCUGCAUAAGAAUGCAGGAAGGCCGAUGGACGUGUCCGCAUGGGCAAUGUACUUCAGCUUCGACGUCAUGGGAGAGGUAGGGUUUGGCAAGGAUUUCAACAACCUCAUCAGUGGCGAGGAACAUCCGGCGAUCAAGGCGGUUCACGACCACAUGGCGAUGUUGGGAGUACUAAGCACCGUGCCAUGGUUGCUGAAUAUACUUGGGUCUAUUCCGGGUGCUGCUGCUGGGUACUCGGAGUUCUUCUCGUUCUGCGCCGGUCAGAUGAGAGAGAAGCAUGCAAAUUGGGAUAAUGAGCUGUAUCCGCAAGAUAUUGUUUCGUGGUUACUUAAGGCUGUCAAGGAAGGAGACAUCUCUGCUUCUCCAAGUGCAACUGCACUGGAAGAUGACUCACGAGUUGUUAUCAUUGCAGGAAGUGAAACAACCGCGACCACCCUUGCUGGAAUACUCUUCUAUCUCGCAAAAUGCCCCGAGAAGCAGGAGAAACUCCAACGUCUGUUAGAUGAAGCCAUGCCAGGCGGCUACAGCGAGUGGUCGUACGAAAAGGCCCGUUCGGUGCCGUACGUUGACGACUUCAUUAACGAGGCCCUACGCCUGAGACCUGCUUUGCUGACCGGUGGCCCGCGGGAAACGCCAGCCGAAGGGAUUCAGAUCGGGGAUACGUACAUCCCCGGAAAAACAAAUGUCUUGAUCUCUACUUAUCAGAUUCAACGGGACCCUAGAUGGUGGAAGCAGUCGUUAGAAUUCAUCCCAGAGAGAUUCGGCGAAAGACGGGAGGAGAUGGGUACAGCUGACGCCCCGUUCAUGCCUUUCUCAUUAGGUCAUUAUGGCUGUCCUGGGAAGAAUCUCGCGCAGAUGAGCUUGCGGAUCUCUCUUUCAGCUAUUGUGCAAAAUUUCGAUGUGUCAUUUGCUCCUGGAGAAACGGGGGAAAAUUUUGACAAUGGUGCACUCGAUACAUUCACGGUUACUCUUCCUCCUCUACACUUGCACUUUCAUCCACGUAAAGGGGUUAGGGGCCCAAGGAUACCGAGGGAGAACUCGAUCAUGGCUUAG